GGCGGAGCGUCUCGGCCGAGGGCUGGGAGCCGGGUGGGGAGGCGCGGGGCGAGCCGGGGGGUUCCAGACGCGCCUCCACCGCCGGGCAGGGGGCAGGUAUGGCUGAGGGCGUGUGAGCGCCGAGCGCUAAGGGCCGCCGCCACCAUGCCAGGGGGCGCAGGCGCCGCCCGGCUCUGCUUGCUGGCGUUUGCCCUGCAGCUCCUCCGGCCGCGGGCGGCGCGGGAGCCUGGAUGGACAAGAGGAAGUGAGGAAGGCAGCCCCAAGCUGCAGCAUGAACUUAUCAUACCUCAGUGGAAGACUUCAGAAAGCCCCGUGAGAGAAAAGCAUCCACUCAAAGCUGAGCUCAGGGUAAUGGCUGAGGGGCGAGAACUGAUCCUGGACCUGGAGAAGAAUGAGCAACUUUUUGCUCCUUCCUACACAGAAACCCAUUAUACUUCAAGUGGUAACCCUCAAACCACCACACGGAAAUCGGAGGAUCACUGCUUUUACCACGGCACGGUGAGGGAGACAGAACUGUCCAGCGUCACGCUCAGCACUUGCCGAGGAAUUAGAGGACUGAUUACGGUGAGCAGCAACCUCAGCUACGUCAUCGAGCCCCUCCCUGACAGCAAGGGCCAACACCUUAUUUACAGAUCUGAACAUCUCAAGCCGCCCCCGGGAAACUGUGGGUUCGAGCACUCCAAGCCCACCACCAGGGACUGGGCUCUUCAGUUUACACAACAGACCAAGAAGCGACCUCCCAGGAUGAAAAGGGAAGAUUUAAACUCCAUGAAGUAUGUGGAGCUUUACCUCGUGGCUGAUUAUUUAGAGUUUCAGAAGAAUCGACGAGACCAGGACGCCACCAAACACAAGCUCAUAGAGAUCGCCAACUAUGUUGAUAAGUUUUACCGAUCCUUGAACAUCCGGAUUGCUCUCGUGGGCUUGGAAGUGUGGACCCAUGGGAACAUGUGUGAAGUUUCAGAGAAUCCAUAUUCUACCCUCUGGUCCUUUCUCAGUUGGAGGCGCAAGCUGCUUGCCCAGAAGUACCAUGACAACGCCCAAUUAAUCACGGGCAUGUCCUUCCACGGCACCACCAUCGGCCUGGCCCCCCUCAUGGCCAUGUGCUCUGUGUACCAGUCUGGAGGAGUCAACAUGGACCACUCCGAGAAUGCCAUUGGCGUGGCUGCCACCAUGGCCCACGAGAUGGGCCACAACUUUGGCAUGACCCAUGAUUCUGCGGAUUGCUGCUCGGCCAGUGCGGCUGAUGGUGGGUGCAUCAUGGCAGCUGCCACUGGGCACCCCUUUCCCAAAGUGUUCAAUGGAUGCAACAGGAGGGAGCUGGACAGGUAUCUGCAGUCAGGUGGUGGAAUGUGUCUCUCCAACAUGCCAGACACCAGGAUGUUGUAUGGAGGCCGGAGGUGUGGGAACGGGUAUCUGGAAGAUGGGGAAGAGUGUGACUGUGGAGAAGAAGAGGAAUGUAACAACCCCUGCUGCAAUGCCUCUAAUUGUACCCUGAGGCCGGGGGCGGAGUGUGCUCAUGGCUCCUGCUGCCACCAGUGUAAGCUGUUGGCUCCUGGGACCCUGUGCCGCGAGCAGGCCAGGCAGUGUGACCUCCCAGAGUUCUGUACGGGCAAGUCUCCCCACUGCCCUACCAACUUCUACCAGAUGGAUGGUACCCCCUGUGAGGGCGGCCAGGCCUACUGCUACAACGGCAUGUGCCUCACCUACCAGGAGCAGUGCCAGCAGCUGUGGGGACCCGGAGCCCGACCUGCCCCUGACCUCUGCUUCGAGAAGGUGAAUGUGGCAGGAGACACCUUUGGAAACUGUGGAAAGGACAUGAAUGGUGAACACAGGAAGUGCAACAUGAGAGAUGCGAAGUGUGGGAAGAUCCAGUGUCAGAGCUCUGAGGCCCGGCCCCUGGAGUCCAACGCGGUGCCCAUUGACACCACUAUCAUCAUGAAUGGGAGGCAGAUCCAGUGCCGGGGCACCCACGUCUACCGAGGUCCUGAGGAGGAGGGUGACAUGCUGGACCCAGGGCUGGUGAUGACUGGAACCAAGUGUGGCUACAACCAUAUUUGCUUCGAGGGGCAGUGCAGGAACACCUCCUUCUUUGAAACUGAAGGCUGUGGGAAGAAGUGCAAUGGCCAUGGGGUCUGUAACAACAACCAGAACUGCCACUGCCUGCCGGGCUGGGCCCCUCCCUUCUGCAACACACCGGGCCACGGGGGCAGUAUCGACAGUGGGCCUAUGCCCCCUGAGAGUGUGGGUCCUGUGGUAGCUGGAGUGUUGGUGGCCAUCUUGGUGCUGGCGGUCCUCACGCUGAUGUACUACUGCUGCAGACAGAACAACAAACUAGGCCAACUCAAGCCCUCAGCUCUCCCUUCCAAGCUGAGGCAACAGUUCAGUUGUCCCUUCAGGGUUUCUCAGAACAGCGGGACUGGUCAUGCCAACCCAACUUUCAAGCUGCAGACCCCCCAGGGCAAGCGAAAGGUGAUCAACACUCCGGAAAUCCUGCGGAAGCCCUCCCAGCCUCCUCCCCGGCCCCCUCCAGAUUAUCUGCGUGGUGGGUCCCCACCUGCACCACUGCCAGCUCACCUGAGCAGGGCUGCUAGGAACUCCCCAGGGCCCGGGUCUCAAAUAGAGAGGACGGAGUUGUCCAGGAGGCCUCCUCCAAGCCGGCCAAUUCCGCCCGCACCAAAUUGCAUCGUUUCCCAGGACUUCUCCAGGCCUCGGCCGCCCCAGAAGGCACUCCCGGCAAACCCAGUGCCAGGCCGCAGGAGCCUCCCCAGGCCAGGAGGUGCAUCCCCACUGCGGCCCCCUGGUGCUGGCCCUCAGCAGUCCCGGCCUCUGGCAGCACUUGCCCCAAAGUUUCCAGAAUACAGAUCACAGAGGGCUGGAGGGAUGAUUAGCUCGAAAAUCUAGACCUGUCCAAGGGGCUUCUCCCUUUCCUUGAGCUCUCUGGACACUGCAGAGGACCCAUGGCCAUGGAACCCUGAAGAAGCAUGUCUGGCCGCCUCUGAGCUCCUCCCACCCUCCUCCAGGAACCUCCACAUCUCCAAAAAUCUCCCUGUUGACUCAGUGCCUCCUCGGCUUCCUUGGAAGCCCAGAGGGACUACGAUCUGAUGGCCUCUAGGUGUUGUUUUGUGCAAUAUACAGCCCCAGGUAGGGAGGGGAGAGUAUGAGGAGGGUGACUGGCAGCUUCUCCUCCAGACUCCUAGCCCCGAGGUGCUGAUGGAGAUGCUCAAGGCCAGCAAGCCCCUCAGGCCAGCACUUCGCUUGCAGAAGCCAUCCAUUCACUCCUGGGGUGCAGGGCACGCAAGAGAGCUUCCCAUUGCUUCUGCUCUCCUCAGAGGUCCCGGGCUGGAUGGAGGCUGGUACUUACCCACCCCUUUUAGCUUUUAGGGAUUAAGGAAGGGUCAAGCCAGCCACUGCUGUGGCCCUGCCCAGGGCUUGGUUGAGGGAACGGCUUCUGGCUGUAUGGCUGCAUGUGACAAGCCACGUCCCCUCCCACCUCUCCCCAAACCCCUGCAUCCCUGUAUUCACACGGGUCACUCUGACUCAGACAGGUACUAUUCGUAGGCAGUGUAGACAGCAGGAGGAGCACCAGGCUUGGGCUUCCUCUGAGCUGUGAUGCCAAAGGUUGCGACUCCUGACUCUGGAUAAUUUUUAGUUGCUCUUUGUUUUCUCUGCCGCACUUUCCUGGUGCCCCACGCUUUUCUCUCUUCCUUCCCCUCUCAUUCUCCCUCUAAUGUGUGGUGCUUUGGUGAGCAAACCCUCAGCAGUCCUGACCUUCGGGUGACCAGGUGCUUGUGACCUACAAGUCAGAGUCCUCUCUCACAGUCGGCCACUGGAUUUCCCUCACUGGCUCUCAGGAGUGUGACCAGAGUAGACUUGGGGCAUGCCCACUGGGGUCAUAUGUUUAUUUUUCAUUGUGUUUUGUGACCUCAGCAGGGUGGGGGUCUUCCUCCUUACUCUGAGCUAAAUCUAGGUGAGGUCCCCCCUUAGGGAGCCCAGCUAUUUACAAAGUACACACGAGGGAGCCAGCCUGCCCUAGUGGCUGGUCAUUGACCUCGGGCUGGACCGUUGCCCUCUGAGCAGAGAACAGACCCAUUUCUAGGAGCUGCCCGAGAUCACUGGAGAAGGCAGCCAGCAACAGCUGCACUGGAACAGUCAGAGCUGGGAGCCUCUUCCUCAACCCAGCUUUUUGUCAUUCACUUCCUUUUGUUCUCUCUCUGGUCACUGCCCUUACCUGACCCUCACAGAAAGAGAGCUCUGAGCAGGUGAGGGGGUCUGCGGUGGCUCCUGUCUUCCCUGCAGCAGGGAAGGAUGGCCAUGUGGUGCUUUGCUAGAUAGGACGGUUUUUGCAAAGCACCUGGAGAUGUUUUCUGGGAGAUAGACUCCCACUCCACAAAGGUGCUGGGUGGCUCUCCGGACAGGAGCUGGCCUGACUCUCACUCCUCUGAGGCUUUCCUGGGGCCUCCUCCCAUCCUGCCAUGAGCAAUUGUUCGCUCUUGAAAACCUCACUGCAAGGCUGAGGCUGAGCUUCUGAUUCACCACCCCAGGGCCUCCUUAUAGUUCUCUGCACACAAUAGGUGCUUCUUGGAUGUUCUUGGGUUUGGAAAUAAGUGGAAAAUACGGGAUGUACCCCUGGGGGAAAAGCCUGGGUUGGGUUUAGAAAGAUCUCAGGAAAAUGAGUUUCUCUUCCCUCAGGGUGGCUGUGAUACAGGUUCCCCAUGUCCUUGCCGUGGGUCAUCCUUGCUGUGGGUCAUCCUUGCUGUGGAGAUCCAUUCCCCACCUUUCCUGUGGCCCAACCUUUUAUUUAAAUGUGCUACCCUCUGCCUCAAGGCUUGGUUCCUGGAAAGUAAAGGUGAAAACAUCCCCUUUCACCCCUCUGCAAAACAAACAAGCAACAUCCUCAAAACCCAACCCCAUGCCUCACAGAGCUUCCUGUGGCUUCUCCAGCCUUUCUCCCUCACAUCAGGAGGUAGAUAGCUCUGAAGUGACAGCGCCACAGCCAUAGUGACUGCAUGAGCCAUCUGAACCUGCAGUCCACCCUCCCUGGAACCACACCAGAAAGAGACCUGGGUUGUUGUUUUCUUGCUUUUUGUUUUGUUUUGUUUUAUUAUUUUCAUAUCACCUCCAUCCCAUCAAGUUGUACUGUGAACUGGAAGAUGGUGGAAUGUUUUGGAAUUUGAUAGACUUUUGGCAACCAGUUCUACUAAUGCUUCACUCCUGGCUUUGUUCAGGGAGGCUGCCCAGGAGGAAGACUGGCCAUUAUGCAUCCCCUUUUCUUUCCAGUGCCCAGUAUGCUGUUUUGAGGUGUCAAAUACAAAUAAAUCUGGGCUUAGGGAAGGAGAGACCUUAUUCCAAAGCAUGAUUGCAGAAGGGGAAAGGGAAUAUUGCAAAAGGGAGAGGAAGGGGCCUUAUGGGAAUAGUGAAAAGGCUCAGACCGACCGAUGGCAAGAUCUGCAAGCGUCUCAAAGCCCAGGCAGAAAAGGACUUUUCUUUUAUUGGAAGAAGUAAACAUAGCUAGAAAGAACCACGUUCAGGGAAUGACUUUGUGCCCAGCCUUUUUUUUUUUUUUUUUUCCAGGGGAGGGGCUGUUUGCUGGCUCAGGCUGAGGGUGGCCCAAAGUCCAGGGUCUGGUGGGGAGGAGGGAAGCUUAACUCAAGUUUGGGUUAGUGAGUUAGCAAGCUCUUUGUGCAGAUGGGGAUGUAGGUAAAUCUUUUUGAAAGUGAAAUUAACCUCCUGCCAAUUUUACAACCCAAGAAUUUUUUUUUAAGGGCCUUGGAGCCAUCUCUAAAACAAACCUCAAGGGAUUUAGUGCCCUGUCUCCCUGUCUCUAGAAGCCUUAGCCUGGGCACCUGGCUCAAUCUUGUAACUGCCUGCUAGCCAUAGAUUCCUUUCAGCCUUGCUGACUUCUCCCUAUAAAAGUAAAGCCCUUUUCUGCCCCAGCUCUGAGACACUUGCAGAUCUUAAGGUCUGAGACUUGCUGAUUUUCUGGUUGGAGUGUUUUUUUGUAUUGCCAUAGUCCCUUCCCCCUGAAGCAAUAGCCCCUCCCCACCUCCUGCAAUACCCCUUUCCAAUAAAGUCUCUCCCUGCCUACUUCCUAAUUUAUUCUUAUUUGACAGAAGGUAUGGAAGACUUGCAAUUUGAAAACUGGGGACCAGUUCCAAAGUCAGUAAUUGUGUUAACCACGUGUAUAACAGCUGUGCUGGACACCCAAGAAAGCCAUGGGAACGCCAACUGGAAAGGUCCCCUUCCCGAGGGGAGCCUGUGAAGGAGAGGUUCUGUAGAAUCCAAGCCCACAUUUCCAAAGUCACCCCCAACGCGUCCUCUCACACCGUCCACUGUGCGUUUGUAUGUGUCUGGGAUCCAGGGCAAUGUGAAUUUUCUUUUUAUUUGGGAGAUUGUUCACGGAAAACAGAUCUUCUUCUCUCUUGUCCACCUAUUAAUUGUUUACAAUAUUUGUACAUCUAUGCAAAAUACUUGAAUGGGCCAUGGUGCCUUUUUUCCUUGUUAGUAUUUAAUUAAAAAUGAAUUGUUUGUCAUUUGCAAUGUUA